AUGAAGCCUUUUAUUUUCGCUAUGGUUUUGUCCUUCCUUUCCCGCGCGACGGCUGCACCUGCGGGGAAUGAGCUCGAGAAGCGCGAUUCGACUUCGUUCAAACUUGUUGCAUACGGAGUCGCAUCAUCUUAUAUUGAUAUUUUCUUUUCUGACGGGCUCGCGUAUGCCGGCGAUGCUUCGCUGUGGGAAGCAGAGGGAAAUGUUGUUACCGAUGUUACCUUCUUAAUGGAAAAUACUGAGCUUAACACGACUGCCACUCCCUCCGCCUCCAAACUCGAUCCAUCAACCCUUUUCUACAUCAGACCCGUCGCAGAUAAGGUUUUGCCGGUCGGCUUCACUAAGAAUGGCGUUGAUACUCCUUCUGAUGCAGUGACAAAUAACUUCAUCUUCUAUGGAACCUAUCUGAUGUGGGAGGAAGCAAGCGGAACUCUAACCUCUUCGUUCCGCCUCUUGCCAAUGAAUGUGUCGGGCAUAUACCAACUGUAUUUUGAUUACUCGAACCUCUAUCCCUCGGGAUACGAGAUUCCAGUUAUCAAGUCUGUGAAUGUUUGA